CCCUCACUUCUAGAUAGGUUUCGGCCAUUUCAACCCCACCAACCGAGUAGCUGGACGGCGGCUGAUAGCAACUGAAGAUGAGUGAACAAGCUAUUUCCUUUGCCAAGGACUUCUUGGCUGGUGGUAUCGCCGCUGCCAUCUCUAAAACAGCUGUAGCUCCCAUCGAGAGAGUGAAGCUUCUGCUCCAGGUGCAACAUGCCAGCAAACAGAUUGCAGUCGACAAGCAGUACAAGGGCAUCAUCGACUGUGUCGUUCGUAUCCCCAAAGAGCAGGGCUUCCUCUCUUUCUGGAGAGGAAAUCUGGCUAAUGUCAUCCGAUACUUCCCCACUCAGGCCCUAAACUUUGCUUUCAAGGACAAGUACAAGAAGAUUUUCCUCGACGGAGUGGACAAGCGGAAACAGUUCUGGAGAUACUUUGCGGGUAACCUGGCAUCUGGCGGUGCCGCCGGAGCUACCUCCCUCUGUUUCGUCUACCCCCUCGACUUCGCCAGAACACGUCUCGCCGCUGAUGUCGGCAAAGCUGGCCACGAGCGUGAGUUCAAAGGUCUGGGAGACUGCUUGGUGAAGAUCUUCAGGUCCGAUGGCCUUAAGGGUCUGUACCAGGGCUUCAACGUUUCAGUACAGGGCAUUAUCAUCUAUAGAGCAGCUUACUUUGGCAUCUAUGACACAGCAAAGGGCAUGCUUCCUGACCCUAAGAAUACGCACAUUAUAGUGAGCUGGAUGAUUGCUCAGAGUGUGACUGCCGUCGCUGGUCUUACGUCCUACCCCUUCGAUACCGUCCGUCGUCGUAUGAUGAUGCAGUCUGGACGCAAAGGAGCUGACAUCAUGUACACGGGCACCAUUGAUUGCUGGAAGAAGAUUGCACGCGAUGAGGGCAGCAAGGCCUUCUUCAAGGGAGCCUGGUCUAACGUGCUGAGAGGCAUGGGUGGCGCCUUUGUGCUCGUCUUGUAUGAUGAGCUUAAGAAAUUCAUCUAAGAUGUUUUUGUAUGUUCACUGUUCAUGUUGUGAAGUUUAACUGUAACAUAUCUUGUACAUUUGGAAGGACUUAAAUGCCGAGCUAUAUUUAUAGGGACCAACUAGUAUUUUCUACUAGUUGUACCGGGGGAAUAUGUUAUGCACUCUUCUCUUGGCCCAUUCAUUUUCUUUUUUGUUUUGCCCCUUACCAGAAUGUCAUUCCCUGAACACAGGAACCUUGCCAGUAAGCGAGAAAUAAAGGCAACCUACAGAGUCAA